UAGAGCAGAAUGGCAGAAGGGCAGCGUUCCAGAAUGGAUGCACUUACUCUGGUGCUCUCGUUGCUUCUGGUUGUCGCUGGUUGUCGCGCGGAGAAGCCCUACAGCGUGGAGCUCAACACCUUCACGAUGGACGACACCAUUGAGAAUCAGGAAAACUGGGUGGACUGGGGCACGCUGAGCAUGAAGAAGGUGUCACGCAAUCAGUUCGUGGUCAACGGGGACUUUGAGUUCAAACUCAAUAUGGCCGAUGAGCAGCAGAUUGUUCUAAUGGUGUAUGUCUACGAUUCCAAUGCCAAUCAGCGGGGUUCGAUGGUGAUGGCGGUUAAGAAGCCGUUCUGCCAGUUCAUCAAAGAGGACGAGGACUCGUAUCCGAGCAUUAAAAAGUCGUCCAAUCUACCGGACCAGGACACAUGUCCAUUUCCGAAGGGCAAAUACACCAUCGAUAACUACGAAAUGGAGACCAAUUUCCUGCCGGACAAUGCACCCAAAGGCGACUACCUCCUGCAGUUAUCCUUGCUGGAUCGUGAUAUUCCUGUGGCAGGACUCGUGGCCACUGUCACUCUCACUUAGGCGCCUCUAAACUUGUGUUUUUUUUUUGUAUUUUUUAUAUUUAGUGUUUUAGAUAGUUGACAUGUUCCGGGUGGAUCCAUAUGACACGACAAGCGUUCUUCUGCAUAUUUAAGUUUACUCCUACUCUUGACUAUCCCUAUAAAUGACCUCACUUUCAAAGAC